AUGAUGAAAAAACGCAUUGCUAUUAUUGGUGCCGGUCCGUGUGGUCUAUCUCAAUUAAGUGCUUUGAAAGAUGAUGCUUUUGAUCUUGUCUGUUUUGAACGGCAGUCCGAAUGGGGAGGUCAGUGGUUAUACCCAUAUCAAAAUGAAACUGAUUCUUCUGAAGAAUAUAUUCAUAGUAGCAUGUAUCGACAGCUUUGGUCAAAUGGUCCUAAAGAACUUGUUGAAUAUGUGGACUAUACAUUUGACAAUCAUUUCGGCUACUCAACCCCGUCAUAUCAGCCGCGUUCAGUCGUUUUCGAUUAUCUUACUGGUCGAGCCAAAAACAAAAAUAUAAGGAAAUUUAUUCGAUUUCAAACUGUUGUUCAUAAUGUGAAUAACGAACAAGACAUCUUUAAAGUUACUGUCGAAGAUUUAAAAACAAGUACCAUCGAGGAGUUAACGUUUGAAUUUGUUAUUGUUGCUGCUGGUCGUUAUGCAACACCAAAUAUUCCUCAAUUUCAUGGAAUGAAGCAAUUUCCUGGUCUUGUUUUACAUUCGAAGCAUUUCCAUGAUGCUUCUGAGUUUGUAAAUCAGCAUGUCUUGAUUAUUGGCAGUAGUUACUCAGCUGAAGAUAUUGCUUUACAAUUGUGUAAAUUCGGUGCACGUGCAAUAACAAUUAGUUACCGGACACGACCAUUGGGAUAUAAAUGGCCAGAUGAGAGAAUUAAAGAAGUUCCACUGCUAGAACGCAUAGAAAAUCGAUUGGCAUAUUUCCAAGACGGGACAGAAAGCGAAAGUGAAAUUGACAGUAUUAUUUUAUGUACAGGAUAUCGACAUCAUUAUCCAUUCAUGGCUGAGCAUCUUCGUCUGAAUUGUCCAACAAAAGUUCUUUCUCCACCAAAUCUAUACAAAGGUAUUAUCUGGUCGAAACAACCCAAUCUGGCUUAUUUGGGCAUGCAAAGUCUAGUUUUUCAAUUUACAAUGUUUGAUGUUCAAGCUUCCUUUGUACGUGAUGUUAUUCUUGGUCAAAUAAAAUUGCCUGACCUGGAAUCACGAGAACAAAAUAUUGCUGAAUGGAUAGAUCUUGAAAAAACGUUAAAGCCUGGUGACGGAGAAAGUGAAUUUUAUUAUCAAAUCAAUUACAUGCGAGAUUUACUAACACAAUGCCAUGCGCCUCCUCAAUUCGACGUAAAUAAAGUCAUAGCUGGUGUGAAAGAAUUGGUUCAGCACAAACAAGAAAAUGUUUUCACUUAUCGCGAUCAUUCUUUUGUAUCGAUCGUCACUGGAAGCAGAGCAUUAAGCAUCAAUCCUAGUUUACCGUGGUUGCAAAACAUGGCUGAUUCGGUAGAAGAAUUUUUAAAUCAGUCACUUAGAAAGAGACAACUAUAA